AUGCUCUUUCGUUUCGGAUUAUUUCUUCUAUUUCUCUAUGGCUUCCAGAGUCAGAAAACAAGCAAAGCAAGUGCCGAAAAUGGGUUUGCACCGACAAGCAUGAGUAUUUUUUAAGGUGCAGCUCACAGUGUUCCGCAAGGAUUACACGGACCUUGACAGACUGGUGCUCAUGAUGAGAAUCGGAAGGCCGCCUCCGAACCAUUCGCACCGUGUUGUUGAAUAUCAACUAGAUGUGAGGGCGGUUCGAGGAUCCAUUCCAGUGUCUUUUCUCUAGGAUAUUAUCUGCGACAAGUCGAAAAUAUUUCAAUUUUCAAUCAGAGGCCAAAUGUUCAAGUGUCCAGUUGUUGCCGAUCCCGCAGAACGUCUUUUCAACAUAACACAUGGCUUCUCGUGUCCCACAUUCUGUCAAGUGUGCACAAAAGCAUUCAUUUGCACCAGAUCUUCUCUAUCGGGUAUUAUGAUCUUUGUUUUUUCAACAUGUUCUUUUCAUUUUCAGGCAUUAUUUACACUCCGGAUGGCCGGAAAAAAGAUGACAUUUCCGUUCAAUAUGGAUUUUUGGAUCAGCCAGUCGAACGACCCAUCAAUUGGAUCGUGUUCACCGUUUACGUUAUCGUAUUUGCAGUCCUCUUAAAUGCGAUGGCUUACAUGUUUUCCGAUCAAUAA